AUUCAUAAUUUUAAAAUGUACAUAUACAAAUUUUGAAAUUACAAAAAGUGUCAAAAAACGAUUCAGCAAAUUCGUCUACUUGUCUUUUACAAAUUUUUGUGAAUAUAAAUCGAAAAUAUGUCAAAUAUAUCGAUAAGAAUGCAUUUUGCAACACUCUACACCAAUCAGCUGUUUAUAUAUAUCUUUGUAAACUUAUGUUGGAAUGUUUACUUUCCGAUUUACAUAUGCAUUGAAAGUAAAAAUAUUUCCAUUUGUUUCGAUUAAACCAAUAGCCUAAAAAUGAAUAAUGUCUUUAAAAUGGUAAAAUAUUUUAAAUAUUCCAGACGGUGUACGUACAACUUAACAAAUGCUGCAGCGGAUUGCACAAUAUUUAGCUUGAGUUCAGGCUACGGCAAGUGCGGUGUCUCUGUUAUUCGAGUUUCUGGACCGCGAACCAGGCAUGCCCUACAAACACUACUCGGCAAUCGGCAUGAACUAAAAGCUCGUUAUGCCUAUCUUAGGUCUAUCUACCAUCCAGAGACAAAAGAAAUAAUUGAUAAAGGUUUAGUCCUAUGGUUUCCUGGACCAGCUUCUUUUACCGGCGAAGAUUCAUGUGAAUUUCAAGUACAUGGCUCAUUGGCAGUAAUAGCGGCAAUGUUAGACGCAUUAGGCAAAGUACCAGGUCUACGGUCGGCAACGGCUGGUGAGUUCACUAAACGUGCAUUUUAUGGUGGUAAGAUUGAUUUAACUGAGGUAGAAGGGUUAGCAGACUUAAUACAUGCUGAAACGGAAGCGCAACGAAAGCAGGCUAUGCUUCAAAGUGCAGGUGCUCUUUCACGAGUUUACGACAAUUGGCGCAAACGACUCAUACGCUGCGCUGCACAUUUAGAGGCGUAUAUUGAUUUCGCCGAAGAAGAAAAUAUUGAGGAUGAUGUAGUGUUGCAUUUAACCAAAGAGUUACGUCAUAUCAUAACUGAAAUACGUAAUCAUUUGAAUGACCAACGUCAGGGUGAAAUGCUGAGGAAUGGUGUGCGCACUACCAUUGUGGGCCCACCAAACGUUGGUAAAAGUAGUUUCCUAAAUAUGAUUUGUCAGCGAGAAAUCGCCAUUGUAACGCCAAUAGCUGGCACAACUCGUGACAUCAUAGAGAGUACACAUAAUUUUGGUGGCUACCCCGUUGUUUUUGCAGACACAGCUGGUUUGCGUAAGCACACAAAGGAUGUUGUUGAGUUGGAAGGUAUAAGUAGAGCAAAAGAAUGCUUGCAUAAUGCCGAUUUAAUACUGCUACUAACAGAUGCCCGCGAAUUACUUCGAAAUAUUUCUACUUACAAACAAUCUGCUCAAGAUUAUCAGACCGACUACUUACAGCAAUUAGACUUGGAUGCGAAUAAAUUACUUGGAAAGCGUAUACAACUCAUAGCGAACAAAAUUGAUUUACUUUCAAUGACGGAACUACAAAAGUUGGCGCAAAUUGAUAAUGUACUGAAAAUUACAUGCAAACAACCAACAACCGAUAUUGUGCAGCCAUUUUUACGACACUUUGAAAAACUCCUGUGCGAACUCUGCGGUGAACCAACUGCUGAACAUCCACGCAUUACGCAUGCGCGUUAUCGCCAACAAUUAGAACGCUGCAUUGAGCACAUACAUAUUUUUCUAAAUGAAUAUGCGCCCGAUAUUUUCCCAGAUACUGCAAUUUCGGCUCAAAAACUACGAAACGCGCUCAAAUGUAUUGAACGUAUAACGGGACAUGUUAGUUCGGAUGACAUUCUAGAUGUGGUUUUCAAAGAUUUUUGUAUCGGUAAAUAACAUGACUGAACGCAAAACAGGCUGUUUAGUAGCCUAGUUAUAUUUAAAUAUCUUGAUUAGGGUUUUUUCAAGACGACAUAUUAAGAGUUUUCUAAUUUAGUUUGGUAGAUAUCCUAAUCUUUUUUUAAGUAAAAUCGUGUGUUCUUAGCUGAUUAGUUAUUUUAAAUAUACAGUUUCAUAUCCACAGACAAACAAAAACUUUAUAGUAUUUAAACCACAAAUAAUAUGGCUUCAAAAGGUCUAAUAUAACAACAACAUUGGAGAAACUUUUAAUGUAAUUACUGUCUUUAUUGCAUAAAAUAAAUGGGUAUGAAAAAAUGUUUCUCAUAAAAUGUAAACAAAUCAAUAAACAGUUACAUACAUGUCAACGAAAAGAAAUUCAUAAUUUAAAUUGUUCCGAAUAAUUUAUAUACGAGCAUAUCUAAGUAUAUUAUAAUAUCGUUUUAGCGUUAUUUUUUAUUAUUGAUUUUUAUUUAUUUUGUUUUACACAACAUGUGGUGUGUGUAAGUAGAUUGCAAAUAUAGCGUUUUCCCAUUUUUAAUUCUUAAAGGUUGCAUUAUCGCGUACAAUUUUUCUAUUUUUUUGAUUUUUUAAAUUUAUUUUUAGUAGCUCGUUUUUUUUAAAGCAUCUUUUCGCCAAUGAACAUUGGAAAUGUAAUAGUUCAUUUCUGUUUGGCUAUUUACACAGAUUAAUUAUUAAUUUUUGUUUUUACAUUAACUACAGUUUUUUUAUGCAAUUUUCAAAAAUAACAGUUAUAUGCUGGCGUUUGACAAUUUAAGUACAAUAAUUAUAGCAACUAAAUGGGCAAAGAAACAGCAUGCAAAUUCACAACAGUUUUUAUUUUAUCUCUUAUUAAUUUACAAUUUCACUUAAUUUUUGGAGAGAGCAUGCAUUUCCACUGCAGAGCAUUAUAUUUUAAGCUUAAGUUUUUAUAUAAAUGUUUGCACUUAAUGUGUUUUCUUUUAAAAUCGCACUAAUAAUUUAUUUUUUUAAUUCUUUUGCCUACUGCAAACCAAAGUUUCAUAAUUCGUUGUAAACAAUGAAAGAAAUGUUGGGUAAACUAAAGUUUAAAAAUUAAUAUGCACACUCUUGAUAAGCCUGCAUAAAGCAUUCGGAUAAAAAAAUAUAGUUUUGGCAUUUUAUAUAGUUUGUUUUGAUUAGCAUUUUCAUAACAUUUAAAAUGUAUUUAUGUUGCUAUUGAGCUUUCAUCAUUUUCUCCACCGCCUAAUCCGAUUCUUUCGCCUAAUAAUAUAGGCUUUUUGGGCGAUUGGUGAAAAAUAAGCGCUAUAUGCCUUUUAGGCGCGUGUAUCAGUCAUCGGUGUGAUAGGAAACGUAGACAGCAUCACCACCAAUACUGAUCAAACAUUGUCCCUGAAAAAUAGUAAUAGUAAUAGUGACAAUUAUUAAUGUACAAAACGGUUUUAAUAUGUGUGGCAUUUACUUGAUUUUUAUGCUGGUUAUCGACUAAUAUCAAUUCACUCAUAUAGAAUGACACCAUAGCAUUGCCACCGAGUGCUGAUAUGUGGGCACGAACCACCGCCAGCAACUUGAAAGACAAUAAUAAAGAUUAUAUUGUAUUAUUAUUAUAUAAAAUAGAUUUUAUAAUUUUUAGGUUAUGUGAUGCCACAAUUGCAGGGCAUUACUGUAUUGUAGAGUCUUUUAUGAGUACAAGUUUAACGGAAAACUUGAAGAUUUCAGUUAUUUCUGUUAUGAAGUGUAUAGUGCAUAUUAUAGUCUAAUUUGAAACAAGCCAUUAAGGAAAAACUAUAUUUCCAUAUUUGCUAUAAAAUGUAACAAAUAAAUAAAAACAAAAGUUUCAUACAAGAACUUGAUUGUGAUCGUUCAGUUUGUAUGACCUCGAUAUGCUAAUAAGGUCCGAUCUUAAAAUUUUAUUCGGAAUAUAGUAGCAUUGCCUUAGAUAAUCAUUUAUGCGAAAUUUUGUGAACAUAUCUUCUUAAAUAAAAAUGUUUUCCAUA